AGAGAGAGAGAGAGAUGGGUUCCACAGUAGAGAAUGUGAAAAGCAAGGUGCUGAUUAUAGGGGGAACAGGGUACUUGGGGAAGAGGCUGGUGAAGGCAAGCUUAGAACAAGGUCAUGAAACCUAUGUUCUUCAUCGUCCAGAGAUAGGUGUUGAUAUUGAGAAAGUGCAGAUGCUUUUGUCUUUUAAGGCACGAGGAGCUCACCUAGUCCCUGGUUCCUUUAGCCAUUAUCAAAGCCUAGUUGAUGCUGUGAAAUUGGUGGACGUUGUUAUAUGUGCAAUUUCUGGGGUUCACAUUCGAUCCCACCAUAUUUUGCUUCAGCUCGACCUUGUCAAGGCCAUCAAAGAGGCUGGAAAUAUCAAGAGAUUUUUGCCAUCUGAGUUUGGUACUGAUCCCGCAAGAAUGGGCGAUGCUAUGGAGCCAGGAAGGGUCACGUUUGAUGAUAAAAUGGUGGUAAGAAAAGCUAUUGAAGAAGCUGGGAUUCCUUUCACGUAUGUUUCGGCCAAUUGCUUUGCAGGAUACUUUAUUGGAGGUCUUUGCCAACCUGGUAAAAUUCUGCCAUCAAAGGAUUCUGUACUCCUCCUUGGAGAUGGAAACCAAAAAGCAAUUUAUGUUGAUGAAGACGACAUAGCCACCUACACAAUCAAAACCAUAGAUGAUCCAAGGACACUGAACAAAACACUUUACCUAAGGCCACCUCAAAACAUACUUUCACAAAGAGAGGUGGUUCAAUUAUGGGAAAAGCUAAUAGGGAAACAACUGAAAAAGUCAUCCAUAGGCAAGGAAGAAUUUUUGGCUUCCAUCAAAGGACUUGAUUAUGCGGAGCAAGUUGGAUUAACUCAUUAUUAUCACGUCUGCUAUGAAGGAUGUCUUACAAAUUUUGAGAUAGGAGAUGAAGGGGAAGAGGCAUCCAAAUUGUAUCCUGAAGUAAAGUACACCACAAUUGAGGACUACCUCAAGCAAUAUGUGUGAUUGAAGCAAUAAUUAUAGGGUUCCUACAAAAUUUUACGUAAUUUCAGGGUGGAUGAUAAUGUUUAAAAUUUAUUGUGGGUCAACCUCUCUAAUUUAUAUGCUUACCCUCUACCUUUAUGGCUAAUUAAAGUUUAGUCCCAAAUGUUUGGGGACUCGUCCCUAAAAUUUCUACUAAAAUAAUUGUCAUUUUGUAAAGUUCUCAAUUUCGAUCAAAGUUGGACAAUUGAUGUAUUUUCCCGAAAUACAAGCUAAAUAAGUCGCGUGCAAGCCGUGUGGCUAU